AUGACUAUCGGUUUGUCCAUUUGGACUUGUGAAACGACGCCAGUUGUAUCCACGGCUGUAACAACAUUUAUUUUUGGAAUUUGGCGUGCCGGAAUAAACGUCUUUAGUCUUGGAGAUUGGAUGCAUCUCUCACGAGCUGCGAGCCUUGGGCCGCUUUGGCUAAUAACCUUUGGCUCAGGUCUUUUCGUUUACGCACAUGACAUUCGCUCGGUUAUCUUCGUUAGACGUAUAUUAUUCGUCUCAUUCAUGGUAUUGCUUCUUAUUAUCGCUACAGGAUUCACAUUCAUCUAUCCGCUCGAAUAUUUCGAUAAGCGCCAUCCGAUAAACGAACUCAUGUAUGAGGCCCGUACGAUCCAUGACCGUUGGCUUACAAAGGCCUCUACGAGUACGACUCUUGCUACGGCGGUGGUGAUAUAUAGAGAACGCCAUGGCGGCAGAUCACCACCUCCCCACUUCGGUGACUGGUACCAAUAUGCUUCUGGUUCGUCUAUUGUAGAUGAAUUCCAGCAAAUUGAUAACGAUUUGGACGUGUUCUGGUCUCUGCCACCAGCAACGCUCCGUAGACGUGUUCAGUCGGCAUUGUCAAACCCUGGCGUCGGAAACAUAACCGUGGAAAAUGGGCAAGUCACUGUCAGUGAUGCUGGACAUGAAUCCAAGAACAUGGAUCUGAGGGAGCUGGCCGAUAUGAUAAAAAAGUUCUCAAGACAUCUACCUGACAUGGUUCUCCCUGUCAAUUUGAACGCGGCACCACGAGUGCUUCCGUUGUGGAAAGAUACCCAACUUCAGAGCCGAGGGUACCUGCAAUCCAUGGCCAAAAUAAUAUCUAAAAGGUCAACAAAUACUUGGUCUGCAGAAAACAAUACGCUGGGAUCGAGAUACACAGAGGAGGCUGCUCAAAGUGCAACAUGGCAUCAAACUCGGGCGAGUGAUUUUCAGCAGAUGCGAACUGAAGCAUGUCCCGCGACGUCGAGGGCUCAAACAAGCCCUUACUGGGAUCUUAGUGUAUUUUGUUCGGCUUGUGUGAGGCAACACUCCCGUGGCCAGUUGUUGAGCGACUGGGAGAAAUCAUUGGAUGUGUGCUCUCAGCCUGACCUUAAUCAUCUACACAGCUUUGCAAUGACAGACCUAAGCACCCCACCGAUCAGAGAACUCGUUCCCCUAUUUGGCUCAUCUAAGAUGGCAGGGUUUCAAGAUAUUCUGGUCCCAUUGUCUUACUUCCGACAAGAGCAGGUGGAUGACAGUGAGCCCUUUUUGAAACGCAAGGACACUCUAUUCUGGAGGAGUGCAAUCGGUGGGCAAGUCAUCAAUGAACAAGCGUUACGGGGAAGCCAUAAGUUAAGGUUAAUGCACCUUAUCAACAAUGCUGACUCCAGAGACUGGGCAACGGUCAUUCUCCCUAUUCCAGGGGCGGAUCAUAAAUUCAGAUCAGUGUCUGUUUCAGUUGCAGAGGCUAAUCGCGACCUGUCCUUCAAUGUCGGUAUAGACGAUUUUUCCGCCUGUGCAAGCCAACACUGCAACACCCUUAAGAAAGUUUAUGGUGAAAACACCCAGACCGAGGAUCCCUUAAAGUAUCGGUAUGUACUUUUGACUGAUGAAGACGACGGCCCACCAGCUACGACAUUGAAGAUGCUACACUCACAGAGUCUACCCUUCAUCUCAACAACGUUCAAGACUUGGUAUUCCGAGCGGCUCACUCCUUGGCUGCAUUUUGUGCCUGUAGACCCAAGAUAUCAAGCCCUACACACGACAUUACUUUACUUUACAGGGACUGCGAACAAGGCCAAAAUGAACGGUAUUAAUACAUACCUGACAGGCCGUUCUUCUGAUGGGCAGUGGAUCGCGCGACAAGGCCAACGUUGGGCCGGCGAAGCAAUAAGUAAGAAGGACAUGGAGAUAUAUCUAUUUCGACUACUGCUUGAAUGGGGUAGGCUCAUUGAUGACCGAAGGAAUGAGAUCGGGUACAGAGAGGAAAAUGGUGAGUUCCGAAGCGAUGAAUGGUCUCGCGCAUCAUAA